UGUGACGUCAUUAAGGGUGUUCUUUCAGUGGACGGGAUCGGAUUGAGCAUCUCAACUUUUCCCACGUGAAAACAACCUUGCAAACUUGAAUAGAAACACGGAAUAUGGCAGCUGGGUUUCGAUUUCUUCCUAAGCCUUGGCGCUUCCUUCAUCAGUUGAACACUGAAUUCAGCCGCCUUCCGAGAACUGCUAUCCCAGCAUGCAGGCUGAGUAGUACAACCUCUAAAACUCUCCUAGGUGAAGAAGCCCAAGCCGAAAAUUGGCGAUGCCGAGUUGAUCUAGCAGCUUCUUAUCGCAUCUUAGAGAAGUACAACUUACAUGAAGGGGUGUGUAACCAUUUGAGUAUGAUGGCUCCUGCGGCAAAUGGAGACGGUGAGGUGAUGUUAGUCAUCCCAUAUGGACUGCACUGGAGCGAGGUUAAAGCCUCUUCAUUUGUUGGCUUAAAUGUGAAUCGUGAAGUGGUCGAGGGAGAAGGUGAAGCAGACAUAGCUGCCUCUACAAUUCACAUGGGAGUUCAUAGAGCUCGACCAGAUGCUGUUUGUGCCUUCCACGUACAUCCACCAUACUGCACGGCUUUAGGAACCUUAAAAAAUCCCGAGCUUGGAAUGCACAGUCAAAACGCCUGUAUGUUUUACAACCAAAUUGCUUACGAUCGAGUGUACAGUGGGCCAAGUGUAGAUGAGGAAGAGGGCAUGCGCACAGCAAAACAGCUUGGGGACAAGUCGGUACUGUUUAUGUGUAAUCACGGGGUACUGGUGGUGGCUCCUAAUGCUGCAAGAGCUAUGGAUCAUACUUAUUAUCUAGAGCGUGCCUGCAUGAACCAGGUCCUGGCAAUGUCGACUGGACAAGAAUUGUUUGAAAUACCGGACGAAGUAGCCAAGUUUGCAUAUGAACAAAUUGACGGACCAGGAAUAAGACAAAAAUAUUGCGAUGCUCAUUUUGAAGGCAUGAAAAGAAUUCUCUCCAAGGAGUGUCCCGACUUCAUGGAAUAAGCAGUCAUGGGCCAUGAAGUUCAUCUCCCUUAUGGGAGAAAUUGACUUAGUUGGCUUUUUUUUUCAUAAACUAUCAGUGACUGUUUGCAGUAUCUUACAAAAACUUAGCCAGAGUGUUGAACGGUUUUCCUCAUGUAGUAAACUUCAAAACGAUCCUGUUUUGUCGUUGUUGUUUGAGGUUUUGUGUUUUUACUUCGAAAUAUAUUCACAUAAAGUAUUGAAUUGCUCAACAAUCGUACAGCUAAAACAGCGUAUCAGCUAAAUGUGUAUACCUUUUUCCAGUGAUGGUCCGAGAACUUCUACAUUUUGCCCUGAAAAUAGCGCAGAUUAUACUUUAGUAGAGCUUUUUUGUAUUGAUGGAAGAGAAUGUGAAUCUAAUGUCGGGUUAUAGAUAAGACAUCAAAUAACUUAGAAGGGGCAAAUAAAAGAUAUUUUGUUGUA